AUGUAAAGGUCGAAUAGUGCUGAUGAUAUCAACAACUAUGAAGAGGAAUUAAAGGAUUAAGUUGAUAUAGGAAGUUUGCAUUAAACGAAUGGAGAAAAUGUAGGAUCUGACUCCGAUUUAGAUGAAAGUAGGAAUCUGAAUGAUAGCGAAUUAGCAAGCAAUUUUAAUACAACUUCACGUGACACUGAUAUAUUUUACAAGCCUACAGGGAAAUAAAUUCUACUUAAUCAAUCAAAUAGAGAUUAACUAAAUGAUUCUCUUGACUAAUCUAACUUAUCAUUUUAAUUAGGAAAUCAUACUUUCAAUAAUAGAUUUUCUGAUUUGGAGUCCAAUAUUAACUUAAACUUUACAGAAAGGCAACACGGCAGCGAUUUCUAAAAAUCAUAACUAUUAUUUGAAGAAUAGGAAUUCAAAAUAACAGAUUAGAGAGUUUUUAAUAAUGUUUUAGGUUCAGAUGCUUAACUAGCAAUUUCAAAUUUGAUGGGAAGCUUUCCUGUUCUUCAAGGAAGGUAAAGCUUAUGGCAAAAACCAAAAAAUGAAAAUAUGUUUGAGAUUAACCAUUGGAAUGAGUUAUAAGAAAAGCUUAAAGAAGAAUAUAACCUGAUCAUGUCAGAAAGUAAUUAAUAGUCUAACUUAUAAGGCGAUUUGGAAGAGAGCCAUAAGCAAUAUUAUAGGACAUAUAUAGAGUUAUUAGAAUUAGAAGAAACAUAAAAAGAAAUUAAGGUUGAUGAAAAUAAAAAAAAAGUGUUAAUAGAAAACACUGCUCAAGUAUUUAAAGAUGCAAAUAGUGUUAUAUGUUAAAUAUUAAAAACAUUAGCUCAAAAUCCAAAAUUACUAGCUUAAAUUAUCAAAACUCAUGGGAAUAACCUUGAUGAGCCUACAAAAAACCUGAUAAGAAGUAUCGUAAAUACUUUCUACGAUAACAUAAUUGAAGAAGAAGUGUGGGACUAAGACAUAAUGAUAUUCAUUUCAAAUAUUAUUAAAUUUGAAGUAGAAUAAGCACAAGAUCCUUCUGAAAUUAAGUUUAAAAGCAAUUAAGUUUUAACCAAAAUCCUAAAUGAAUUUACCAAAAGAUAAGAUUUUUAGAGAUACACAAAAUAUAUUUUUAAGGGACCUCUGCAAUAUAUCACAAAAGCAAAUAAAAUAGUUGUUAACCCACAAAAGAUUUUUGAGCUUUUAAAAAAAAAACAAACAUCACAAGGAACAAGUAUUUAGUAGUAGAUUUAAAGAAAAACCAUGGGAAAUAAUUAAAAAGAUAUGUAUGUUUCUUACAACAGCAAUCAAAGUAUGAGAACAGAACCAUCUAUAUCUGAUAAUUCAAACAAGAAUUAUGCUUAAAAAUAUGAAUAAAUACUCAGAUAAUACGACUCUGUAAACAGCAAUAAGAAUAAUAUUGUCAGUCAUAAUGUAAUGAAAAUAGUAGGAUUAGGAGAAGAGUCAAAAAGUGCUAGAUUUUAAGCAAGAUAAACAAUAUUUUCAAAGCCUGCAAAUUUAUAAAUAAGUACAACAAAUGUUAAGGAGAGCUCUAAUUUAACCGUUUCUAAAGCAGACAGUAUUCAAAUGCCACUAUCAGCAAGAAACUAUAGCUCUAACCAAGGUAAAGAUGCCAUUUAAGAUUUUUCUGGAGUAAUUAAAAGAGGUCCUGAAUCUGGUUUAGACAAAGAAUCUUAAAUGAUGCAAGAUAAUGUAAAUAGGCUACUUAAAAAAAAUAUAGAUAUCUUAAAAAACUUAACCAAUAUAGUAUUUGAUAGCAUCUUUAAGAAUUUGUACAAUAUUCCUGUACCUAUUCGUAUUACUUGCAAAAUUAUUGAAAUUGUCACUAAGGAAAAGUUUUAAAAUAUUUCUGAUGAAGAUUUGUUUACAAUUAUAGGAUAUUUCUUGUUUGAUUGCUAUUUAAUUCCUUAGUUUAUGUUCUCUCAUCAUUUGAGAUAGGUUAAUUUAAUCAAAGAUGAACACGAAGAUAAUUUAUUUGAAAUAAAAAAAUUGAUGAAAAAUAUUUACAGAAGGGAAUUUUUCCCUGAGCAGGAUACCAUAAACUAUAAGUAUUUCAAUCCUCUUAUAAAAGACUUAAGCAACAGUAUUGAAGAUUAUUUUAAAGAGCUCCUUUCUAUAAAUGAAGAAGCUGUAAUAAAAAUAAUCAACCAUGAGAGUUAGAAGCAAGAGAAAAUGAAAGUCGUUUGUGUUUGCAUAACACUAGACAAUGUAUAAACUCUUUGCUAGAUUAUAGAAAAAAAUUAUUCAGAAAUUUCUAAAAUAAAUUAACAAAUUGCUGAUUAUGUAAAAAGAGUAUUUAUUAUGAAUGACAGUUGCCAUUUUUUCGAUGAUCGAAAAGACCUUGAUAUACCUGGUACUCACAAACCUCAAUAAAUCUAUACAAUAAUAAUUGACAUAACCAUGCCUUAAGAGCUUAAUACAAAUUACAUUAAAGAGUAUAAGAGACUAUAUGAAGUCAAAAAAAACAUGAGUACUGAAGAAAUGGUAACAAACAAAGCUAAAAAUAUGAUCCAACAAGUGCUAGUUUCCAUAGAAAAGUUAAAUAAUAUAUUAAGUUUUACUGGUUAUAAGAAUAUGGAAUUAACGGAGCUAUUUAAGAUUUUUGAAGACGGCUACUAUUUACAUAAUGCCAAGCAUAGCAAUAAUGUUGACAACGUUCCUAUUAUGAUUAAAGCAAAGUAUUUAUUGAAUAUUUUAAAGCAGCUUCCAUCUAAGUACUAGGAAAAUAAUCUUAUGAUGCUUUUUGCAGAAAUGAGCUCUGAGUUCCAUGAAAGAUUUUAAAAAUUUAUGAAAGUUUCUAAUCACACAAAAUCAGAACUGCUAAAAGCUAAAAACACAAUUAAAAAAUACUAAUCAAUACUGAAAGAGAAUAUAGAUUUGUUAAAUAGAGAUAAAAAAAGAAGAAUUUUAUACGAGUUUAUAGAAAAGUAAUAAUUAAAUUUAUGCAUAACAUCUUAAAAGACAAGAGCAGGGCUGAGAAAGAAACCAACAAAAGCAACGAAUAAUGGAAUGAAUAAUUCUCUUACAGAUGAUGAGGAAGAUAGCUUAAUUUAAAUAAGUGGAACUGAUUGUUGCGUGCACACUUUCUCUAAUUUAGACUUUGUUAUCGGUUUAACUUAAGGAGCAUCAGGAGAUUCAAGUAAUUAAAAAAAGAAAGAAAUGUUUGAAAAUCAAUCUCACUGCAAAGAUAUUAUUUCAUUUAUUGAUAUAUUUGCUUCUCUUCCAGAAGUUUAAGAAGUUGUUACUUCAGGUAAGGAGAUAAGUGCUAUAAAUUCUAAGUUUUCUCAGUUUAUGGAGGAACUUUUCGAUAUGGUAAAAUUCAAUCCUUUAUUUAGUUAGUACAGCUAGGAAGAUCAAGAUUGGAUAAACGAUUAGCUAGAGAAAUAUAUCACAAGAAAACUUUAUGAUUAAAUAUUUCCAAAAGAAAAGACAUAUGCUGAUACAGCUUUAUAUUGUAGGAUGAAAGUACUUAGCUGGAUCAAUUAUGAUCACCUAGAAAUUGAAAAAGUCAAUAGAGUUGACGAAAUGUGGGAUAUCUCUGCUAAGGCUCUUUUAAACAUCGAUUACGUGAAAUCACCAAGUGAAAAAUUAGAUUGUUUAAUUGAAAGUACUACAAUAAUGACAAAUGUACUCAAACUAACUUAAACAAGUGAUAAUGCUGCAAGUGCUGAUAGCAUCUUACCAAUUUCAAUUUAUAUAUUAUUGAAAGCAUGCCCAACUCGUUUGUGGUCAAACAUUAAUUUUAUCAGUGCUUUUUGCAACAAAGAAAAGAUGCUUACAUAAAUAGGAUACUGCUUUGCUUAAAUUAAAUUAGCAGUCGAUUUUCUAGCUAAUUUAACUCCUAAACAAGUAAAUGUAACAGAUCAGUAAUUCCAUGAGCUUAUAUAUGAAAAAGAAAUAUAGUAUGGAAUUUACUUUUUAAAGAAGAGACCAAGAGCUGUUAGAACUUCCAUCAAUAGAGAACUGGUCAAAAAAGUUUUAAAUGAUAUCGAAUAAAGAAAAUCGAGCAAAGAGAGAGAUUAAUAGGAAAAACUUGUAGAAAAUAAUAAAAAUUCUAAAACUCUAUAAAAUUAGUUAAUUCAUUAAACUAGCUAAAAUUCUAAUACAGAAACUAAUUCUCUAGAUCCUACAAAACUCUCUUUGGUCUAAUCAUUCGAGUAUUAGCAUCCUACUAAUAUUGAGUAAAAGAAAUCAUUAGAAAGAGAUUCUAUCAAAGAAGACCUAAAAUCUGAUAAUAGUAAAGAAAGCUCAGCUAAUUAGUCUCCAAUUCCAUAAGAAUAGAGUGGAGACAUGAGUACAAAAUUUAAAAAUUUGCAGAAAUAAGAAUCAACUUAUGCUGGUAAAGAGGAACUUGAUGAAUUUUAAAUGAAUAUUGAAGAAGAAUAAUUGUAAUAAAAACAAGAAAAACAAUAAUGA